GAUUUUCAAAAUAUGGCGCAUCAUAAUAACAAUUCUUGUUCUAUUAAUUUGGAAGAAACUCUAGUAAAAGAAAACAUACCGACGAGAAGAGAAGAAAUAUUACGAAAUGAUCCGACUAUUGUUAACAAGGGCCAAAAAGUUAUGUUCGAAAAAUCAGGAUUAACAAUCAAUGAUGUAAUGGAGAUGGUCGUGGGUUUCAGUAUCAGAUUUGGUAGUACUAAUCAACAACGUGAAUGGCUUUUAGAAAUGUUAAAAGUCUGCGCAGGUUCAUCAUUUAAAGAUGUUAAAUUAUCGAACUAUAAGGUUUCUAAAUUAUGUAACACUCCUUCCGACAAGAUCGUUUAUCACUUUUAUUGUGACAAUUACGAAAAAAAAGAUUCUGUUUUAUAUUCUGGUUUUAAGAAAGAAGUAAAGGGUCAAAGAAAAAUUUGUUCAAAAUGUGAUAAAGAACAUAGUAUCGUUCUUAGCAAUACAAAUUUUUUUUUAUCAAUUGAUUUAGAAUAUUAAAUUAA